CUGUUCAUUCACUCCCUUACACUCUUUCUCUCUCUAUUUGUCUGUGAAUUGCGUUCUCCUCUACAGUCUCCCCCUUUUCCCUUCAAUCUAAUCUUUAGCCCUAAUCCCAUGGCGCCAGCAGCAGAUAAUUCCGCAUCUCAAAACCCUAAACCCGAGAAAACCCUAACCCUAACCUCACCAAAUCCCACCGACGAUUCGAAAACCUCUUGUCCCAAAUCUGACCUUGAAGCUUCUAAUGUUGUUGUUGACGAUUCUAAAAAAGCUGGUGAAUCUAAAGAAAUUGAUACUCAGGAUACUACAGAAAGUCUUACGGAAAAAGAUUCCAAGGGUGCAGAUGAUGUUAUUCAGAAGAAGAUUCGUAGGGCUGAGCGAUUCGGUGUUCCUGUUCAGUUGUCCGAACAAGAGAAGCGUAAUUCUAGGGCUGAGAGGUUUGGCAUUGGUGGUGGAUCAGAGGCGUCCAAGGGAUCAGAGGACCAGAAGAGAAAAGCAAGAGCAGAAAGGUUUGGGAUACCAGUUCCUGCUGACGAAGAGGCAAAGAAGAAAGCUCGAUUAGCCAAAUUUGGUUCUAAUGCAAAGAUAGACACAAUUGAAGAAGAGAAAAGGAAAGCACGAGCUCUCAGGUUUUCACAAUCUCCUACCUCAACUGAUUUGUCACAUACCAAUGGGAAGAAAGAUGUUGAUUUGAAUACUGCUAUAGAUGGUAACACUGUUGGAGGAGCUUGAUACCUGGUGAAAAUUAUUUUCAUAUGUCAUUUACCUCUUUUACAGGUUUAGCGUAGGUUUUCUUUUUCCUUGAUGUCUGAUGGCCUCAUUACCUUUUGACAACCGAUUCAGUUUCCAAGCUGUGCUGCUGAAGUUUUGGGUCAGUUGAAGUUUUUUUUUUUUUUUUCAAAAAAUUAAAAUUCAAAAUAGGCUUUUACCCACCAAGGCAUAGAUUAGUCGAGAACUUCCUCCUGAAUGGCACUUUUUCUAGAAUUAAUAGCAGAAUAUCAUACAUCAACUAGCUAGGAAAACGUGCUUCUAUGUUUGACAUUACUUAAAUGUUUUCCAUUUAGGCUAUUUGAUUUGGGAUAGCUUGAACUUUGAAAUGCUAUAUUUGACUAGGACCUGUGACAGCUUAGCAGCAAGUACGAGUAACAAAUAACUAUGUGUUUCUAGUGAGACGUAGUUGGCAUUAUAGUGCUAGUUUUUGAAAAUUGUUCUCUUUUGCUGUGGUCUUUUCUAAAAAAAUCAUCCUCAUUGAGAUUGUGAUUAUUGAUGUUGCAUUUCUCAGACUGGUUUGGAUUUUAGGUUUUGCAAGGGUAGUAUUUGGGUUGUAUGUAUUGGUAAUUGCUUAGAUCUAGUUAUUGUAGUGCAAGGAAAAACAGAGUGAUUGGUUUAAAUCAAAAAUCUCAAACUUUAAUCUUAAACUUAACCUUUUUCCGUGCAUAUCUUGAUUAUAUAAUAUUAGUUUAGGCUUUUGUUUUCCUAGUAAUAGUUUGGCGCAUUAUAUGUAGACUUUUACGUUACCAGGUUUAGUUAAGCUGUGUUAUGCUUUUCCCGAAUUAAUUUUCAUUUGAAAAAGAUUUCUUUCUCAUGUUGAUUAGAAUCGCAUCAGGGUAGAGUACUGAUUGCUAGUUUCUUUAUCAUAUUUCGCCAAGCAUUGAGCUGCUGUCGGGCUUUGAUCCCUUUAGCGGCAAUAUAUGCAUAGAGAUGGUGUUUUCAUGUUUUCUUAGAUUGCCAUUCAGGAGGUUUUUCUUGAUCAUUUGGUCUUUGCCAGGUAAAUCGCCUAUUUUGUUUUCGUUUUGGUGGGUGGAAGAAAGGUAAAGGUGAUGUUCGGGUAUAAAGUUAGAACUUUAUCUCGCUUGGAAAUUGUAUUAUGAUUGUUCAAAAAUAUUUGGAAUAGAAAUGGGGAAAAUCCAGGUAGGUUUUGUAAUUGUUAAAUUUCUAUUAUAUAGAUAUAUCUAUUUGUUUCUUGCUCCUUAUCUAUUUUUCGAAAAAAAAAUAAUUUUAAUAAUCCAAACUUUUAUUCCAUGCCUUUACAAAUCCAACCUAAUUUUUUUUUACUAACAAGCCCCCUUCAUUUAAACUGAUGAUGUUGUGCUCUUUCCCUAUACUUUUUUAAUUAAUUCCUCAUCUAACUACAUCCACAUUAGAGUAAUAACUCAAAGCCAUUUAAACGCAACAGUGGAGGCCUGAAAUGAGGGCAGAUGAACAUUUUGAAGACAACCAAGGAAAAUGCUUGUGGAUCUAAAUAUGGAGAUAUUUUUUCUUACUGCUAAAUUAAUGAAUGUGUUUCAUUUUUUUAUACUCCCUCCGAAUUAAUUUUAGUUGUUCCAUUUCCUUAUUUGGGCCUUUUAGGUUUCUCAUUUUUAUUUUUGUCAAUUUUUUUUUACCCAAAAUACCCUUAGUUCACACACGUAAUUACGAAUAUACCCUCAUAUACCUUACUUAUCCAACUACCCUUCACUACUUACCCUUUACUAUUUACCCUUUGUAAUGGACCUCACACCACUCUUAAUAAUUGUGCCCAAACAAAUGGGACAUCUAAAUUGGUUACUAUUUAUCUAUUACACUAUGUUUGAAUAACAAUUUUGAAGAGAAAAGGAAGUAAAGGAAGAGGAAGGAAAGAAAAAUGAAAGAAAAGUAGUACUUGUUUAUUUAGGAGUCGAGUAAAAGGAAAGGAAGGGAGACAUAAUUUUCCUUUUUUAACUUUGGAAAAAAUUAAUAACUAAUAAAAACUCUCUAUUUAAUACCUCUAUAUCCCUUUCUUUUCAUUUUGUUAUCCAAAUAAGAAAUCUCUUAUUCCUUCAAAUUUCUUCCUUUUCUUUUCCUUCAUUUCCUUCCAUUCAAAUACACCCUU